UUUGCUCUUUGAUCAAUCAUCUGCUCUGCCAUUGGCUGGUCUUUCCAUAUCCCACAAUGCGCCGCCUUUCAACUUCCUUUUUCCUUUCGGCCAUUUUCCUCCCUCAUAGGGAACUAGCCAACCAUGGCCCCCAGCCGGAAUGGAAUGAUCUUGAACCCCCAUUUUCACAAAGACUGGCAGAAAAGAGUGCGUACCUGGUUCAACCAACCUGCCAGGAAGGUCCGCAGGCGAAAGGCUCGUCAGGCCAAAGCCCGCCGCAUUGCUCCUCGUCCUGUUGCUGGACCACUGAGACCACAGGUUAGAUGCCCAACUAUUAGGUACCACACCAAGGUUCGUGCCGGACGUGGGUUCACCCUGGAGGAACUCAAGGCUGCUGGAAUCCACAAAAAGACAGCCCGGACCAUCGGCAUCGCUGUUGACCCCCGGCGCCGCAACAGAUCCGCAGAAUCUCUCCAGGCCAACGUGCAGCGCCUGAAGGAGUACCGCUCCAAACUCAUCCUGUUCCCCAGAAAGGCAUCUGCACCUAAGAAGGGAGACAGCUCUGAGGAGGAACUGAAGAUGGCCACUCAGCUCUCUGGCCCAGUUAUGCCCAUCAAAACUGUCUACAAGAAGGAGAAGGCCCACGUUAUCUCUGAGGAUGAGAAGAACUUCAAGGCCUUUGCCAGCCUGCGUAUGGCCAGAGCCAACGCUCGUCUCUUCGGCAUUCGCGCCAAGAGGGCCAAAGAGGCAGCUGAGCAGGACGUGGAGAAGAAAAAGUGAAAAUAGUCACUAUGGAACUUUGCAAAAUAAAGUCUUUAAAAAGAA